AUGUCUCAUGUUGCUUUGCAAAGUGGAGGUUACGAGAGAAUGCCAUGUGAACUUCGAGAUAUGUACACCAGGGUUGCUGGUGCGAAGCGAGAAGAAAAGAUAGAGACGAACUCAGAAGGGGCGCUGGGAUUUCUUGAUUGUCUCGCAGAGAAGGAUCCAAAUUUCUUCGUUGUCUAUCAGGUUGACGAGGAGAAUCGAUUGGCUAACUUAUUCUGGGCAGAUGGAAACUCACGCGUGGACUAUGUGGCUUUUGGGGAUGUACUAGGAUUUGACACAACCUACAUGACAAAUGAGUACAAUAAGCCCCUCACUGUUCUCAUUGGCGUCAACCACCAUUUCAACACAUGCAUCUUCGGGUUUGCUGUCCUCCUCCACGAGAAGCUUCCAUCAUAUUGUUGGCUACUUCAAAAAUUUCUAGAAUACCAUGGAGAUAAGAAGCCAAAUGUUGUAGUUACUGACCAAGAUGUGGCCAUGAAACAGGCUAUCAUGGAACACAUGCCAGAUGUUACACACCGUCUAUGCGCUUGGCAUCUCAAUACAAAUGCUUCCAAAAAGGUUAAAGAUCCGAUCUUCUUAAAAACAUUUAAGGAUCUGAUGUACAACUACUACGAGGAGGAAGAAUUUGAAGCAAGAUGGUUAGACGUCAUCCAAAGCCAACAACUAACAGAUAAUGAAUGGUGUCAAAUAACAUUCGAGUCAAGACAACAAUGGGCAGAAACUUAUUUAAGGGGUUCAUUCGUUGCAGGAACGAGAACCACACAACGUUGCGAAUCGAUCAACUCUGCUCUAAAAAAUUUUUUAGAGAAGAAUUAUUGCUUGUGUGAAUUUGUAACAACCAUAGAUAUGACAGUCUCAAAGCUCAGACACAACGAGACUGCAAAUGACUUCAAAAGCAGAUGCGCUCGACCUCACCCACCUAAUCCUACAUGCUUGACCACGUACUACAACCAAUGUGCUGAAUUCUACACAAGAACUAUGUACCACAAGGUUGUUGAGCAGCUUGAUUUAGAGAAUAAUUAUUUUGUCAUAAGUCAGGAGCAGGAAGGAGAGUGA